AUGUCAGAUUCACAAGAUGACGUUUUUGAUAAUAUCGUAGAGGAGGAAGGUAUUGCAUAUUUUUAAUAUAUUCAUUUAUUCACAUUAUAAUAUUCAUGAAUGAUAAAUAUAGACAGGACUCGAGGAGUUUCCUGACGAGUUGCCUGACGCGUUGAACGAGGACGCAAUUCUAGUCUAUUUAGUCUACACUUGAGUAAUUUAUUUGAAUUGUCUGUUGUGAUGUGCUUGAUGACAUAAUAAUUCAUGCUUUGUAGCAUACGCACAUGACGACCGGUGCCGUGUUUGUGGCGGAGAAGUUGGAGAUGCACAUCAAUGCAGAAUAUGUAAAGAGAAUGUGCAUCUAAUCUGCGGUGUGCCAGACAAGGAUAGCAAGGAAGGAUAUGGCCAGAAACUUACCUGCUCAUGCUGUUUAAAUUCUAAAGGUAUUACUCUGAUACAAUCGUUCAGAAAUGAAGUCAAAGAUAAAACAGUUUUAAUAUUUUAAAAUUAUAUUUUAUAAUUCCACAAAUAACUAAUAACUUAAUAAUGCAAUGUUACCUAUUCUGGCUAUCUGGCAGACUGCUAUGAAUUAUAUUAUGCUAUGAAAUAUAGCCAUAUAUAUGAAAUAUAUGGCUAUAGCCUAUAUAUAAGAGUACAAACUGAAAAAUACAGACCCUAACGGCCUAACCUUGAACUGCAGGCGCAACAGUGCAACUAGCAACCCGCAACCCUCAGUUACAUUAUGGUUAUAAGUCUGAUCCUAGCAGCUAAAGGUCUCUUACACGUAUGUUAUCUUAUUAGUUGACACCAUGCUACUAUGCAAACACUUUUGCUAUUUUAAAUGUUCACUAAUCAGUAAAUUUUUUAUUUUUUAUUUUCACAGGUGAUGAACUACCAACUCCUGUUACCAAUGUGAAUAAGAGGCCAGAUCCCUGGUCAGCAUUCAAAAGAGGGCCUACUGGUAUGGGAAAGGACGUAAAAAAAUUUAAAGCAGCCACUCCUCCUAGUACCACCGCUAAAGACAAGGCAGACCCACAUAUUUGUCUGAAGCGUGGAAGUGAAAUUUCUAGGGGAAGAGAAUUUAACAAGAAACGGCAUUGGUCACAAAAGCACAACAGUGAACCAGAACAUGGUUAUAAGCAGCAUAUAGUGCCUAAAAACCACGAACUGGCACAAAAUCGUUUGAGAGAAAUGGCAGAUGGCAGUGCACAGUUGAAUGAAAUAACAUGUAAAAAAGGACAGCAAACAGACAAGAUUGAGGACACUGCUUUUCCUUUACCUAGACCUAAACCUGACCUGCAAGUCAAUACAAACCCAAAACCUAUACAGAAAUCAUUGGCAAAUUUUGUGAUUAGUGAGGAUGAAGUGCCAGGGACACCCAUUGAAAAGAUGCAAGGUGACAUAAAUCGUAUACUGGUAAUGCUGCAAUCUCUUACCAUUCCUGAAAAGAAAAAUGACCUGAAGGAGAACAUGGAGUUAAUUCUGAUGUUAGAGCAAUUAUCACAGCUGCAAACCUAUUGGAGGUUGAACACCCUGGCAUCUGUGUUGAAAUUCUUGACGAUGGUUGUAAAGUUACAUGCUACCCAUGUCAACAAUUUUAUUUGUCUCGUCCAAAGAAGAUGUAAGUAUCUUCUGAUCAGUUAA